AUGUCAAAUAAACAAAUAUUUUUAAAGUUUAAGAGUGGAGAAAUCAUUUUAAAUAAUUUUAAUAAAUAUACAGAUUCAAUUUCAUCAAAAUUAUUAUUUUAUCAAAAUAUUAAAAAUCAAGAAAACAAUAGCGGAAACGAAAAUUAUAAAAAUUUUAAUUAUAAUUAUAAAAAUAAAAAUAAUUAUAAUAAUAAUAAUAAUAAUAAUAAUAGUAAUAGUAGUAGUAAUAAUAAUGGUAGUAAUAAUAAUAUAAAAUUUAAUUCAUUAUUUAUAAGUUCAAUAUAUUUAUAUAAUAAUAAUAAUAGUAAUAAUAAUGAUUUAAAAAAUGAUAAAAAUGAUAAUUCAAUAGGAAAUAUUAAUAAAAUAAUUAAACCAAAAAUUGAAAUUCAAGAUUUAUUAAAUCCAUUUGAAGCGAUUAAAGAGAUUGUUGGUAAUAAAGAAGAUGAAGAAAUUAAUUUAGUAAAGAUUGGUAUUAGAGUUUUAGAAUUGGGUUUAAUAUUGUUACCGAGUGUUUUAACAUUUCCAUGUUGUUUCAUACCAGGUGUAAAAGAAUUAUGGUGGCAACUUUUAUUGGAAACCAUUCAAUUCAGUGGUACAUGUUGGAUAAAAUUUGGACAAUGGAUAAGUACAAGACCAGAUUUAUUCCCAGAUUUAUUGAUAGAGAAAUUCUCACAACUUCAUAGUCAAUGUCCAUCCCAUUCAUUCCAAUUCACUAAUGAAUCCAUUGAGAAUAGUUUCAAUGGUAAAUCAAUAAAAGAUUUAUUUCUAUGGUUUGACGAGGAGCCAAUGGCGUCGGGGUCAGUCGCGCAAGUUCAUAAGGCCCUCACAAUGGAUGGUAAAGUCGCAGUUGUGAAAGUGUUACAUCCAAAUGUGAAAUCCAAUAUAAAGAGAGACUUUUUUAUUAUCUAUAGUUUGAUUUGGGCAUUCUCUCAUAUACCCGAAAUGAAAUGGUUAAGUCUACCGGAAUCAAUACUCGAAUUUGGUAAAUCAAUGAUGAAACAGGCAGAUCUAGAAUUGGAGGCUUCUCAUCUCAAUAGAUUCAAUUCAAAUUUUAAAUACAAUAGUGAAGUAAUCUUCCCAAAACCAUUAUAUCCUUUAGUUUCAAAAGAAGUCUUGGUAGAAUCAUUUGAACCUGGUUCACCAAUUAUGGAUUUCAUUAAAAAGAAUGAUCACCAUAACCCAACUUUAGCUAAAAUUGGUUUAUCAGCUUAUAUGCAAAUGAUGUUGGUUGAUAAUUUCGUACAUGCUGAUCUUCAUCCUGGUAAUGUUUUGGUUAGAACUUCAGAUGAUGAUAAUUUUAAAUCAAUUGAUAAUAAUUAUUUUAAAAAAUAUAAUAAUGAUAAUGAUCAACAACAACAACAACAAUAUAAUUUACCUUUUAAAAGAAAAUUAUAUGAUACAAUUGAAAAAAGUCAUAAAAAAUUUGAUUCAAUGUUGGGUGGUAUUCAAUUGAAAUCAAUUGAUUUUAAAGAACAUCAAAAAUCUUCACCAAAAUUAAUAUUUUUAGAUGUUGGUUUAGUAACUCAAUUAGGUCAACAAGAUAAGGAUCAUUUCAUUGAAUUAUUCACUGAAAUUGUAAAUGGUAAUGGUAAAGAAGGUGCAGAAUUAUUAAUUCGUUACGCUAGAGAAGCGAAAUGUACUGAAGAGGAAAUGUAUCAAUUUAAAGAGAGAAUGGGUACACUUUUUAAUCAAGUUCAAAAUUCAAAAUUAAGUGAAGUUCAUGUUGGUCAAUUUAUGAGUGAGAUUUUAGGUCUGGUAAGAGAAUAUCAUGUUAAAAUUGAAAGUAAUUUUGCAACUUUAGUAAUGGGUACAAUAGUUUUAGAGGGUUUAGGUAAACAAUUAGAUCCAAGUUUAGGUCUUUUAAAAGCUGCUAUACCUUUCUUAUUAAAAUCUCAAGUAUUUUCUUUCUCUAAUUUCAUUAAAGAUUUCUUUUUAAAAUCUAAAACUUCAAAAAAACAAUUAAAUAAUGAUAAUAAUAAUAAUAAUAAUAAUAAUAAUAAUAAUAAAAAUAAUAAUGAUAAUAAUAAUAAAAAUAAUAAUAAUAAAAAUAAUAAUGAAAAAAAUAAAUAA